UGAAAGCAAGUACUUUUACUCUUUGGGAGAAUAAGGUUUUGAUUUGUUGUGUUCACUUCCUAUACUGUGUUUCUUAGCUAAAUUUAUUGAAAAACCUGCAACUCUUGCUCUUAGGGUUGCCAACAUUUCAUUGCCAGAAUGAGGGACACAAGUUUGAGGGGGCUGGUUGGGGGGCUGGGAGGUGUAUGCAGUGGUAAUCAAGAGCUUGAGUAUCAUUGACAUAUCUGCAAUUGAGUUAUAUGCUAUUGUCGGUCCCCUGUUGGAACCAACAACGUUGGCUCUAUAGGGACCAACAUUUCAUCGCUGAAAUGAGGGACAUCCUGUGUAAUAAUAGACAGUUGGAAACCCUACUUGCUCUACUGGAAUAUUUCAUGAGAAACCAGAUCUCUGUCUAUGGCAAAAUCUAACCUGUGGAACAUGGUAGGUAGAUGAUCCUAUUUUACACCUGAGUAUCAGACUAGAUGGGCUUUUAGUCCAUUCUGCUUGAUGAGUCCAAGGGCAUUCUAGGAAACAAUAAAAAUACAAUAGAAGUACUUUCCCAUCCUCUUCCCUGCUAUGCCAUCACUAUUCACGUGGCUGGCAGAAUCAAUAGUGAAGUGGAUUAGAAGCUUAUGCUAUCGUCAGGUAAAUCCUGCCAUUUUAAUCUCUUAUCGGGGCCCAUAAUCUGCAAGACUCUUUCCCAUUUUACCUCCUUUCUAUUUUCACCCUGAACUCCACAUGUUCGUUUUGGGAUCCCAUCACAUGACUCUUCCCUCAUUGGCUGGAGAAGGAUUUAGUGGGUACUUAAAUGCCCGGGGCUUCUUUGCAGAGGCUUUUAACUCCUUCAGUGAGUGUGACAUUUUCUCAGAAAGGAAGCCUUUUGCAGCUCCUCCUCAUUCAUGAUCUUUAGCCAGCCUUACUCGUAGGAAGUUUUCUGCUUUUUUGGCACAUAGACUUCACACUGCCUACUUCUGAAUUUUAAAUAAGGGAAACCCUUUAGAAGAUUUCCAUUGCUCUCAAGAAACGUGCCCAUCGCUUUUGCUUUAAAAUGGGGAACAUGGAUGGAAAAUCCGUUGAGGAACUGAGUGCCACCGAAUGCCACCAGUGGUACAAGAAGUUCAUGACGGAAUGUCCCUCAGGCCAGCUUACCCUACAUGAGUUCAAACAGUUUUUCGGCUUGAAAAACCUGAGCCCAUCGUCAAAUCAAUAUAUCGAGCAAAUGUUUGAGACUUUUGACUUCAACAAGGAUGGCUACAUUGAUUUUAUGGAAUAUGUGGCAGCUCUAAGCCUGGUCCUGAAGGGGAAAGUGGAACAGAAGCUGAAGUGGUACUUCAAACUCUAUGAUGUGGAUGGGAAUGGCUGUAUUGACAGGGAUGAGUUACUGAACAUCAUUAGGGCAAUUCGCACCAUCAAUCCAUGUCAGGAGGUGAUGUCUGCUGAGGAUUUCACAAAUAUGGUGUUUGAUAAAAUUGAUAUCAAUGGAGAUGGUGAGCUGUCUCUGGAGGAGUUCAUGGAAGGUGUACAGAAGGAUGAGGUUCUACUUGAUAUCCUCACCCGAAGCUUGGACCUAACACACAUUGUUCGAAUGAUCCAGAAUGAUGGCAAGAGUCCUGACGUGGCAGGGGAGUCAGCAGAGGCUGCCAAAUAGACUGCUGGUUUGUUUUAAACUGCUUUUGUAACAGAAGAAAAGAAAGAAAAAGAAAGCUAAAUAAAUGUAAUAUUCAUAUCAAGAAAACUCAGGGAUACAGAUUGGACAGGUGUCCAAUGGACUCUCUUUUAGAAUAUCACCCUAAAGAGAAAAAGAAAAUGUACAGUUUUUUUGUGUACAAUUGUGUAAUCACAAUUUUGUUUGUUGUGAACACAAUGAAUUAUGGUUAUCAACACCUAAAAGCUUUCAGGAUUGCCUGGGAAGUAGAGGCAACAACUGACGUUUUCUGCUAGAGGAAAGUGUUACAGCUAUAAAGGGAAGAAGGUGCUUAGCUGGCAGGUCCCUCUAGGAUCAGCACCAUGGCCAGCAUGGAGGGAAUUUACUGAAUGGUGCCACAAGAACCCCUGUGCCAUCUGACUGUCUCUGAAUGCUAAUGCAAAUUGUGGUGAGGAAUAUUCAUCCUGGGGAUGAAUAGGAUCAUGAAAAGUAAAACACUUGCAAAAUGUGCAUGUGAACCCUUUCCUCCUUAUUGCCAUCGUCCUUAGUGGAGCCCAGCACCAUCAAAACAUUAUCUCAUUCUGAAAAUCUAAGUAAAAUUGGUUCCACUGAAGUCACUGGCCAAAGUUUCAUUGACUGGAAUUAAUCUAGGCUGACAUCCUAACACUGUGUGUAUACUUCAAAUAACCAUGCACAUGCCCCCAUGCUGGCCUCCAUAGGAAGCAUGGGCAUUCUUACAGAAGAGACUGAUUAUUUUGGAGCUCGCCCAGUACUCUGGGUGUAUGUGUGUGUGUGUGUGUGUGUGCUGUGUUAGAACUGAAACAUGUUCUUGAUCCAUCCUUCAGAAGUGGAAGGACUACUGUGAAUGCUAGCGCGGCAUGCAUGUUGUUGUUUGAAGCACAAACACAGCAUUAGUCAGGAUGUCAGCCCUAGAGUCUGUAGUAUAAUACAAGUAUUUCUGCAUACAGAAUAAUAAUAUAAUCUUCCAGGAGUUGUGGCCCCUUGAUGGCCAGUGUCAACCUGGGAAUACAAUGUAGAGACAUACCACUCGGCCCCCCAAAUUGCAAGAACAACAACAACAAUUAAUAAUGUGCUGUUUUACUGAACCAGUUUCUAUUAGUAUGCAAACAUGCACACAUUUGAUUCACAGACUUCUCCUUCUGCCUGAUGAAGGGUUCUGUAUAAUUAAAAAAUGGGCAUACUUCCAUAGCAAAAAGAAUUUUGGAUGAAUAACUAUCUCUGUACUGUAUUUUGGAAACAAAAAAGACACAAUUGAAAAUGUUGAUAUUUUUGUUAAUGAAAACAAAAGACAGCUGAGAGUUGCAGCAGGUCUGAACCAAAUUGGCACUGUUGGUGAAAUGAAGGCACUCAGAGAAAAACUUUGCACACAAUUCCUUCAGAAAAGGAUUAAGCAGCAUUUACCCAAGGUUUUUUCUGUAUGCCCUAUAUCCGCCCCCCCCCCCGAGAAAAAUAAAACACCAG